GCCUAAUCACUAUAAAUACAAGUGAUUUUUGUCCGAGUGUACAUUGCCUCACAGACCGCACAGCGGGGCCUACCUACCCCCCAGCCUAAACCAAAAACAUAUUAAACAUUUGUGAAAGUUCUGGAAGUUCGACUGUAGCGAAAAUGAAGACGUUUUCAGCUGUAUUAUUAUGUAUCGGCACACUUUCCCUGGCGGCUGCAGCUCCAGUGAAUCGCGACAGCUCCCCUAUCGAGUAUGAAUACGACUACGACCAUGCGGCCCAACAGGCACAACAAGCCCCACAGGCCCAGGAGCCCCAGGAGUCAGCCAGCCACUACGACGCCUACAUCCAGGACGUUAAGGCUGCAGCCAGCGGCGGCAGUGGCGGCAAGAAAGGCUUCAGUCAGGGCAGUGGUCUCAGGACCAUCGCCGUAGGCUCCGCCAACCAAGCCAAGACUGCUCUCGGAAACCAAGCUGCCGCUGGUUACCAAGCUGCUUACGUAGCCAAGAACACUCUCGCCCAGUCUGCUGCCCAAGCCAGUGCCACAGCCCAGGCCGCCCUCGCCGGUAAACAGGUCAUCCUCGCAGGUUUGGAACAGCAAGUCAGAGACGCCAAGGUUGGACUCCAGGGUGAAGAGAUGCAGCUGCAACAAGCUAAGAGAGCCGCCCAGGCUGCUGCCAACGCCGCCCAGCAAGCUAUGCACCAGGUGAACGUUAUCCAAGCUGCCUUGAACGCUGCCCAAGCUACAUCAGAGAACGCCAAUGAAGCAGCAUCUCAAGCUGCUGGUGAGCUCGGUGCCCAGACCGCCAUGGUAGGAGCUGCCAGACAGAGGCUGCAUACUCUGCAGGAUCAGCUCCAUGGAGUCAGGAUCGACUUCGAGGCUACGCAGGCGGCGGCGAGAAAGGCUCAGGCGGCAGCUCAACAGGCUCAAGCUAACGCUGCUGCCGCUGCAGCGAAGGCAGCUGCGGCUGGACUUGGAGGCCAGCACAAGGAUUCGUCUCACGAAGGUACGGCGCCCGAGCAGUACCAGGCUGCUCCUCAGAGCCAGGAACAGGACGCUCACGAAUAUUAUCAGCUACAGUCGGACUACCACCACUAG